AUGGAUUCUGAUCUACUCAAGCGUGCACCUGUGCCGUUGAGUGAUGUUGAGAUCAGAGAAUGGCAGCGACGCGCGUCGUUGGAGUGGGAGCCACCGGCCCAGCAAGGUAUCGUGGCCAGCCUGUUCAGGAACAUAUGCCUUCUUUACAAGGAAAUUCUACAUGCCAUCGCUGGUUCCCGCAGCAUCAAAGUUCGAAAGUCGAUAUACCGUCGCCUGGAAAGCGGAUAUACUGGACUCCUCAUUUGGGGUAGGGACUAUAAUGUGGCGGAUGGGAAACUUGAUCGGAAGCUGGACAAUUCUCGUCGGCUCCAACACGCGACGAUCAAGAUUAUGAUGAGCAUCUGCUCCACGCUGACUGAAGAACUUGUACCUCUCAUACGAUUCGAUCCACGGACUGCGGCAAAGGUAAAAUCCUUGGCUCAGCUGGUCUCGGAUUCCGUGGAAGACGCUGUUCUCUCUCUUCAACAAGCGGCGGGAGGUUUUGGCGGGUUAAGCGACGACGGGAGCGACACGGAUAGCGUCUGGUCAGACGACGCGUCCAUGGAUGAAGUGGCAGGGAGUCUCAAGACGGAUGUCGAAUGCCUCAUGGACAUGGGCCCGCGAUUUAGGGAUCCGCUGCCGAACAGCGUGGCGGAUCCAGACCCUGCGAAGAAUCAGGACGCUCAUCCCGAUAGUGCCGAGGCUCCAUGGGACCCCGUGAAGCUUUUCUCCGACCGGAUCAAAACGAAGUUCCCCAAGUGCCAUCCUAAUCUAGUCUUUUCUUGUUCCAAGUCCGUCUACGACACGCUAUUAAGACUUCACGAAUGCAGGGAGCGCGCUACAAUCCCUGAAGUUCCCCAAAAGAGAAUGCAUGACCCUCCAGACUCUGCACUGGGAACAAGCCUUACUGGAGACGAUCAGGAACCACCGCAACCACGAGUACCUCUUUCUGGCGGAGCUAGCCUGGCUGGGGAUUCCAAGGCGCCGACGAUCUUCUCUUUCAUAGGCGAAGAUGGGAAUACGCGUGCGAGGCUCCCCUCUCAGCCAAAGGAUGUUAGCAUUGGACAACCGUUCUCAUGCAUGGCCUGCGGACGCCGCGUGGUUAAAUCCCAGUCAACGCGGUCAUGGAAAGCCCAACACGAGCUCCACCCAGAGUGGGACGACAAGAACUGUCCCUUCUGCGCCAAGUCCGUGCCCCAAGGAGGUGCCGACAUGAUGCGUCACGUCGAGGUGCACCUGCAGGAGAUCUCUCUCAUGGCGCUUCCCUCUCCGGGGCCCGACGAGGUUGAUGAAGAUGGCGGAUCGAACAUAAGUGAAUGGGCGUCUCAAAGCCGCGACGAUAGGGAUGUCAGGCAGAUAAGUAGCAUGACGUUGAUUGAGCGCGUCCAGGAUCAUCCCGUUUACAAGUCGGCGAAGCCGCGAGCGGAUGGGCUUUGGCACUGCGCGUGGGAAGGAGAGGAUUAUUGCGAACAUGAACCAACUAUGCUCAGGGCCGAGUUUGAUGAAUACAUUGCCCGCCAUCUCCAUGACUUCACUUGCAAGGUAGAAGGAUGCUUCACAGCCGGCCGGGCCUUCCUCUCCCCCGAAUGCCUCCGACUCCACCAGCGAGAUGCGCACGGCAUGUUCAAGGGCGAGGAUCGGCCGUGGCUCUGCACCAGCAGGGGCUGCGGGCGAUCGAUACCGGGCAACGGGUUUGCCAGCUGGUGGGUCUUGGAAGAUCAUGUUCGCGUUGUCCAUGGACAUCUCGAGGGAUUGCCGCCUCUGCCGCCUAAACCAGAUGAUGAGUAA